GAUACAAGAUUCUGUUUCUCCUUUGAAUUUGCAAGUGGAUCAACGUACCAAGCAAAAGGGCUAUCAUCAAGUUGGAGAAAGGAAAAAAAAGAGGUUAACUUAGAUUCUUGUACAGAUAACUAGCGUGUAUAAAUACCCUUCUAGCUAGCUCAUGAUCAAUGACUCUUUGUAUAGUGUUCAUCAAUUAUUCAUCAUGCAAAGAGGAAGAGAUACUUUGGAACUUGCUGGCGUGAUAGGUGAUGUAUUGGAUCCAUUCACAAGGUCUAUUAGCCUAAGAGUUGUUUAUAGCAAUAGGGAUGUUAAAAAUGGAUGUGAUUUGAGGCCUUCUAUGGUUAUCAACCCACCAAGGGUUGAAGUUGGAGGGGAUGAUCUUCGCACUUUUUACACUCUGGUUAUGGUGGAUCCUGAUGCUCCAACUCCAAGCAACCCAUGCCACAAGGAGUAUUUACACUGGAUGGUCACUGAUAUCCCAGCAACCACAGGAGUGAGCUUUGGCAAUGAAGUUGUAUCUUAUGAGUGCCCACAACCAACAAUGGGAAUACAUCGACUUGUUCUUGUGCUAUUUCGUCAAUUGCGUCGAGAAUCUGUCCGUGCUCCAGAAAAUCGUCAGAAUUUCAAUACAAGAGAUUUUGCAAAGAUCUAUAAUCUUGAAUUACCCGUUGCUGCUGUUUAUUUCAACUGUCAAAGAGAAAAUGGUACUGGUGGCCGUCGAGUAUAAUCUUGCAUAUGUUUUUCGGAUUCUCCAGAAUCUCAUGUCGAAUCCUUGAAGAAUUUGACAUGCAAUUGAUAUUUUGAAGAAUCCGAGCAGCAUAGAAUCUUACUAGUCAGUAUUAUCCAUGCAUGCAACUAUGAAGUAUUUGUAUUCAAGAAAUAAUUAAAAGCAUGCAUUAUAAAUAAUCAGAAACAACAAUAGCAUACAAGUAUUGAUAACUAUAUAGGUCGUAGUAGUCAUCUUGUGUAAUUUCAGUUAUCCUAAAAAGAAUCGGUGACUGCAUAUAUACAUAUAUAGAACAGCAGUAAAGAAAAGAGUAAAGUUUCUUCUC